AUGGAUGAUGAGUACGCCAAGCUUAUCAGGAGGAUGAACCCUCCAAGAGUUGUGAUUGACAAUGAUGCUAGUGAAGAUGCAACUAUCAUCCAGGUUGACAGUGUAAACAAGCAUGGAAUACUUCUGGAAGUUGUGCAAGUUCUCACAGACAUGAACCUUGUGAUAACCAAAGCAUACAUCUCAUCUGAUGGAGGAUGGUUUAUGGAUGUGUUCAAUGUCACUGAUCAAGAUGGGAACAAGAUAAUCGAUGAGGAAGCUAUCGACUACAUCCAACAAAGACUUGAAAAUGACGCAAUCUUUUACCCCUCAUUGACCGGUUCAGUUGGAGUGAUGCCAUCAGAAGAGCACACCUCGAUCGAGCUCACUGGCACAGAUCGGCCAGGCUUGCUCUCUGAAGUAUCUGCAGUUCUAGCAGAUUUGGGCUGCAACGUUGUGAAUGCAGAGAUAUGGACUCAUAACGCUAGGGCAGCUGCAGUAGUUCAUGUCAUUGAUGACUCCACUGGAGCUGCAAUUAAAGAUCCCAAACGACUCUCUACAAUUAAAGAUUUGUUAUGCAAUGUGCUGAAAGGGUUUAACGAUUUGAAUAAUGCAAAGACGAGUGUUUCACCACCAGGUCUGCUGAGCAAAGAGAGGAGAUUGCAUCAGAUCAUGUUUGCCGAUAGGGACUACGAGAGGAUAGAAAGGGCAAGUCAUCUCGAGGAUGAUAGCAACUCGAGGCCUCAUGUUACUGUUCUGAAUAUUGAGAAGGAUUACUCGGUGAUCACGAUGAGAUCAAAGGAUCGGCCUAAGCUUCUGUUUGACAUUGUCUGCACUCUUACUGACAUGGAAUAUGUGGUAUAUCAUGGAAUGGUCUGCGCUCGUGGGAAGGAAGCUUAUCAGGAGUUCUACAUCCGCCACAUCGAUGGGUUCCCCAUAAGUUCAGAAGCUGAGCGCGAGCGAGUCAUACAAUGCCUUGAAGCAGCCAUCGAGAGGCGAGCACACGAGGGGCUAGAGCUCGAGCUAUGCACAGAGGACCGAGCUGGUCUCCUGUCAGACAUCACGAGGAUAUUCAGGGAGAACAGCUUGUGCAUCAAGAGGGCAGAGAUCUCGACUAAAGGAGGGAAAGCCAAAGACAGAUUCUACGUCACUGAUGUAACUGGGAAUCCGGUUGAGCCAAGGAUUGUUGACUCAAUUUGCAGGCAGAUUGGACAGACAAAGCUUCAUGUGAAGCAUAGCUCUUUUCUCCCACCAUCAAGCGGUAGUAGAGAUCCUCCACAGGAAACUACAAUGGGGUAUUUUUUCGGAAACCUGUUCAAGGCGCGGACUUUCCAGAACUUCAAGGGCAUCAUCUCAUACUCCUGA